AUGUCGGACAAACCGGAGAGCAGCAAGACUCGACUCGAAGAGGAUAUCAUCGAACCAUUGUUCCAAAAGGAUUUCUUGUCACAGUUGCCAGAGGAGAUUGCUUAUCGCAUCAUCGCCUAUUUGACACCGUGCGAUUUGACGGUUUGGUGUGUGCAAUUUGAUGGAAAUCGGGUUGUGUCUGGUGCCUAUGAUUUUACUGUAAAGGUUUGGAAUUCUAUUCACUUUUGUUUGAGCCAGAGCGCGAUCUUGUCGUCUCUGGAAGUUGAUACAACGAUUCGCGUUUGGGAUGUGCGAAGAGGAACAUGCGUCGCGGUUCUUGUCAGUCAUGAACUCCGCCCUGACAUGCAGCUUAGCGGAAGUAUUUUGGUCUCCUGCUAUACCGACUCGGUCGUUGCGGUUUGGGACAUUCGCGACGGUGGCUCGUGCACUCAUCGCUUACAAGGCGUAAAUGGUCACACGUCGAACAUCACUUCAUUGCAAUGGCUCGACUCGGGACUUUUGGUGACAAGUUCUUGUGAUGGGUCGGUCAAGCUGUGGGAUGUGGAUAAAGGUAUCUUUGUUCGUGACCUCGUACAAAAUGCAAGACGAAAAGUUUCGACUUCGCGCCGCUUUGUGGUA